CAGAGAGGGACGGGCUUCAGGCAGGAGGUCAUCACAAACAUGGCGUGGAGAGGAUGUGUAAUGAAAUGGGCUAAAACCGAGUUCCUCAGGUCCAACAACACUACUUCAAAAAGCUCCAGACUGAACCCCCACAACCAACAGCGGUGCAGUUUCCGUCGGGAAGCCAAAAGGCCGGAUACAAAGAAAGGAAAUGUCACCCAAGAAACAAAAGCUUCACCUUCUGAGGCUGGCACACCAGGUCCCCCACCUCCUCCCAAAGUCCCUCGACCGACACUUUUAAAACCCCUGAUGUUCACAGUAGGAUUUACAGGCUGCUCCUUUGGUGCGGCUGCCAUUCUGCAAUAUGAGACCCUGAAGUCAAGAGUUACGACUGCAAAAGCUGAAGAGGAGUCAGAAAAACUCUUACAGGGGUCUCAGGACAUGGUGUACUGGCAUGACUGGUGGAACAAACUGUCAGGCUUCCAGCGACAGCUCCUUCUCCUUGUGUCCAUGGUAGAUGACUUCUGGAGCAGUCUCACAGAGGGACAGAAGACAGUAACCGGCAUCAUUGCAGUAAAUGCUGUAGUUCUGUGUUGCUGGCGUAUCCCUUCAAUGCAAAGAAGCAUGAUUAAGUACUUCACGUCCAACCCAGCCUCCAGUGAGUAUGCAUUCUUGGAGCUUAACACAUUUGGAUAUUUGGGAUAUUUUAACAGCUGGAACCAGUUGGUUAAAUAUAUGGUAUCUAUGAUGAAUUAAGUUUUAUGCAUGGAAGAAAGAGUGAUCUCUCAAUUAUAAUGUGUAUUUUCAGGUGUGAUUUCCACUAUGGUCAGCUACAUGUGUAAAACUGCCACUGGACGUCUCCAUCCAUCAUUAGGAGCAUCAGGUGCUGUCAUGGCAGUACUGGCCGCAGUCUGUGCAAAGGUGCCAGAGGCCAAACUAGGAAUAAUCUUCCUCCCCAUGAUCACUUUCACAGCAGGAAGUGCUCUGAAAGUGCUCGUCGCCAUAGAUACAGCAGGGCUCAUACUGGGAUGGCGGCUGUUUGACCACGCAGCUCACCUUGGAGGAGCCCUCUUUGGAGUAUGGUAUGUGGCGUAUGGUCACAAACUGAUUUGGAGGAAGAGGGAGCCUCUUGUGAAGCUGUGGCAUGACAUGCGUUCUCCAGGUGCCGGUGGAUCCAGGCCAGGAGGUGGGCCUGGGGUCAGUGGUGGUGGAGGACCUGGACCACAAUGAGACUCUGCAAGGUCCCUCGGAUCCUUUUUGAAAGAACUGGGAGUCCACAGUUACCCCAGGAUACGCAAGGACGCUUUUAUCCACCGAGAGGGAGUCGGGUGUAAUUGUUUAUUAAAGAAUAUAGUUUUUUAUCAGGGUUUGUAAUGACCAUAAGCUGAUUGAUUUAAUGGUAUGCAGAGACUGGAAAUGUAAAAAAACAAACAAAAGAAAACAGGUCAGACCUCACACCUUGUGUUGCAAUCCAGAGGUUUACUGUGUAGACUGAUACAUCGGCAGCCCAAGUAACCCCUUCAAACUACAAAAUGGAAAUAUCAUCACUCUCCUACCUCUUACUAAUGCAUAGAUAUUUUAAACUUUUGUUUUAAAGUUAGUUUUUUUCCUGUUAAUAUUAUUGAAAGCAAUUGUAUAAGCCUGGGCAGAAAAAAACAGAGCGCUGAUACGAUUCAGUGAAUUAUUUGCUAACUUCAAUGUAAUAUACAGUCCUGUGGGCUGGUCUUAUGUUGCUAUUAAAACUGGAGUUUCAACAAUCA